AAUUUUAACAACAAAGAAGGGAUAGAGGGGAGAGAAUGAUUUGCAACUCGCGUACUUGAAUUCCAACCAGCUUUGUUUUCUCCAGAAAGCAAAAAAUACCAAAACGAAGCAUCUUUUCCUUUGAAAAGUUGUUUCAUCAUUUUUGGAUUGUCAGGAAAGGUAUACUUGCCUUUUUCCCGGGAAAAAUCCAAAGAUCUGAGGUCAUUCUACUUCAAAAUUAGUUCAGCUUGCCAUUGGAGCAAUCUACGUUUUUAACUCUGCUAUAUUUACCUUGCAUUCAUUUAUACUCUUUGUUUUUACUGUUAACGCAUUUGUAUUUUCGGUCUUUCAAAAUAUUUAUCAACCUUUUCGCCCAUUCUUCCUUUUCUGCUUCUUGUUGAAAUAAGCUGCAUACGGAAGAUUGUAAUUCUAUACGCUCUUUUAUUCAAGGAUAAUCUUCUUAUCUCAUCUCGUUUGGGUUUCAUACUUCUUUUCUUUUACUGGCUAGCAUUUUUUAAGUCCAAGUGGUUUAAAAUACGAUUCAUCCUUUUCUUUCCAUCCUCCAAAUGAACUUGUGUCGCUUGCUUUCACGCCGAGCUAAAUAUUUGAGCAUUUUCGUCGUGGUUUUGCUCCUCUUUUGUUUAUAUUCCUUCAAAUCACUGACAGAAGCUCCUUCUAAACGAUAUGGCCCUCAUCAGCCUAUAAAACCCCAUAAGCCUGUCCGACAGGAUCCUAAUUCAAUUGUAAUGCUUGUUUUAAGCUAUGAGCAGAUCUCUGAUGAUCCAAAAUUCCUCGACAAGCUCCUUUCAGACAGAAAUGAGUAUGCUCAGCGUCACGGCUAUCAGCUCGUCCACAAAGAAGCUCGUGACAUUGAACGCAAAUAUGGAAACGACAACACUUGGAGCCUUGUGACUGCAAUUCGGGAAACGUUAUUCGAACAUCCUGAAGCUUCUUGGGUUUGGGUUUUAGAUCCAAGGGCCGUAAUCAUGAAUACAGGCGAGUCACUUAAAGAGGCUAUUAUGAAUGAGCAACUCAGUAACAACUUAUUGCGUAAUUACCCGGUUGAUCCAUUAAAACCUCAUAUUCGUACAAACAGCAAAAUGAAUCUCGAAGAUGUCAAACUUAUUACAACAAAUGACUAUAACGGAAUUAGCAUUCGUUCUUUCCUUCUCAGAAAUGAUGACUUUGCUCCUUAUUUACUUGAUGCUUGGAAUGAGCCCUUGUUCAAACCUUAUAAGAAAGAUUUAGGCGAAAGAUCUGCUUUAUCCCACUUGCUAGAAAUCCAUCCUACUAUCCUGGAACAUGUCGCUCUUGUGUCUCCUAAAGUAUUAAAUUCUUAUACUGACUCUGCCGUUGAUUUGAACUAUCAGGAAGGUGACUUCUUGGUGCUUAGCAAUUGCGAGAACGCAGCAUCUUGCGAGCGCUUUUUUGAUACUUACGUUAAGCAGCGAAGACCUUAUAAUCACAGAAAAAAGAAACCCUCUAGCUAAGUUCGUUAUGGAAUAUGUGAAACCAAUAGAAUUAUUGUACUUUUAAAUAAAGAUACUUUCGGUUUAUUCAAUCUCAUUAUACGUUAUAAUACAGCUAACUCACUUAAAACCUCAUAUGAAAUGCCUACUUUUACUAUACUUCGAACAUACAUGCAUCAUUUUCACCUACACAACACUUAAUCUGGGCUCUUUCGGUACUCAGUCUAAACCGUUUCAUUAAUAAUAUACCUAAAUCCACGUAUACCCAAUUGAAUAUC